AUGAGUGAGACAUGGUUAAAAGAAAAUAAUCUUUUACUUCAACAUGUAACAAUUCCAGGUUAUGUUCACGCGUUCAAUAACAGAGAUAAGAUAAGAGGUGGUGGUGUCGGUAUUUACAUCAAAGAAUCAAUUAAGUUUAAACGAAGACAAGAUCUCGAGAAACGUUAUCCCACAAUGGAGCAUCUCUGGAUCGAAAUUCCCGGUCGUAAUCGGUAUAGUAAGCUUCUGCUUGGUACAAUAUAUCGAUCUGAUGCCAUCUUACCAUAUACAACCUGGUUAGAGUACUUUAACGAUUUACUGAGUGAUCUAUCUAUUCAGUGGGAUGGGAUGUUAGCUGUUACGGGUGACUUUAACGUCGAUCUGCUUCGUCCUGAUAAAGCUGACACAAAAAAGUAUAAUGAUGUCUUAGAAUCAAUGAACUUAGAUCAACUCGUGACCAAACCAACACGCACGACUCCACACUCAGCUACAUUAAUUGAUCAUGUAAUUACGAACAUGAAACAACAAGUAUCACACUGUGAUGUUCUUCCUUCGCCUUUUAUUAGUGAUCAUGACGCUCCAUACUUUUGCUUAAAUGUCCGUGUCCCUCGGUUUGUGCCACGAUUUAAGAUGAUCAGGAAUGAACGUAAUUUUAAUAUAGAUUCAUUUACCAAAAGCUUUAAUGAAAUCCCACUUAGUCUUGUAUACGCCGUUGAUGACCCGGACUCACAAGUUAACUUGCUUAACUCUUUAUUCCGUGAUUGUCUUGACGAACAUGCGCCAUUAAGACGGACUAAGAUUUCACGUCCCCCUGCACCUUGGAUGAAACACUGUGACAUAGCCCAACUUCAAAAGGACUGCCAUGUUGUCCGUGAAAUGUCUUGUCAAAACAACGCCGAUGAAAUCUCCAAAUCGGCGCUAUCGUGAUGUUAGAAAUAAACUCAAAACUAAAAUAAAAUCCGCCAAGCGUGAUUUUUAUCAACGAGCUUUUUCGUCCAAAAAUCCAAAAAAGGUGUGGAAGAUUAUACACAGAAUACUUCAUCCAAAUCCUAAACCUCUUCGAAUUGAUCCUGAUGAAUUGAACACCCACUUUGCUUCUGCUACUGAACGUGUCACUGGUGCAAUACCUGAGCCAACUCAAAACUUGUGGUCUUUCAUUAAUUCCUUACCAGAUGAUUCAACUAAUGCAUUUCACCUUCGAGAAGUUAGUUAUCAAAAAGUUUUGAAUGAAAUUAAGAAUUUGCGCUCGGAUUGCUCGUGUGGUCCUGAUGGUAUUCCUGUCAAAUACAUCAAAAUGAUAGCCGAGCAGCUUGCUUCACCUCUGACACAUAUUAUCAAUAACUGCAUAUCGAAGCAGCUAUUCCCCUCACCUUGGAAGAUCGCUCGUAUCUGCGCCAUUCCAAAAGUUCAGAACAUAUCAUCGAAUAACGAUCUCCGUCCUAUUUCCAUUCUGCCAAGCCUAACCAAAAUCUUUGAACGACUCGUUCUCCGCCAAAUGUCUGAUUUCGUAACCAAUACAACCACUGGAGUACUUAAUCAAUCCAUUAGUGCUUACCGCAAAGGUCACAACACUACGACAGUUAUGUUGGCAAUGCGAGAUGAUAUUCAGCGAGCUAUGAAGAGGUGA